AUGGCCCGCCACCCGAUGGCGUCCGCUGUCGUCCUGGCGGUGCUGCUGCUCGCUGCGCCGUUAGCCGCCGCCAGUAUUGACGGAGAGCGCACUGGCCGUGAGCUCCAGCAGCUCGGUGGCCUCACUGGUGGCCUGGGUGGCCUCACCAGCGGCCUCACCAACGGCACCGGCGGCAGCCUCUUGGGCGGCCUUCUCAACACAGUUGCUGGCAUCCUCAACGCUCUCCUGGGCACCACUUUGGGGGUCACCAAUGGGUCCGUCGCCAACCCCGUUGGCGGCCUCCUUGGCGGCCUCCUGGGUGGUUCCUCAGGCGGCCUCCUGGGCGGCACCUCAGGCGGCCUCCUGGGCGGCCUCCUUGGUGGCACCAGCAGUGGCGGCCUCCUGAGCGGCGUCCUUGGCACCGUCACAGGCCUCCUCGGCUCCAACCCUACCGGUCUCCUGAACACCCUCACCGGCCUCACCGGCGGCGGCCUCCUGGGUGGCGUCACAGGCACCUCUGGCGCCACCGGGGGCCUCCUGAGCGGUCUCACGGGCGGCCUCGCUGGCGGUCUUGUUGGUGGUGUCACCGAUGUCCUUGGCAACAUCCUGUCUGGCUCCACCUCGGGCCUCCUGUCCGGCACUGUGGGCGGCCUCCCCCUGGUCGGCGGCCUCUUUGGCAGCAAGUCCGGCCUGCCUGUCCUCGGCGGCCUGUUCAAUAGCACCCAGCUGAGCAAGUCUGGCCUGCCUAUUGUGGGCAGCCUCCUGGGCAAUGUCCCCGUUAUUGGUAACGGCGGGCUUCUCACCAACAUCCUGGGCCUCGCCUCCGGCGACCUCCUGGGUGGUGGUGGCCUCAAUGCUGUUCUGAACGGCGUCCUGAACAACGCUGUGGGCCCCGUGCUGGAGACUGCGGCUGGGCUCCUGCCCGGCGUCACCAACGCCGUUCCCCUCGUCACCAACCUCCUUGGCGGCAACCAGAGCUUCAUCCUGGCACCCACUGACGUCUCGUUCAUCGGCGGCAAGGGUGCGCUGCUGUCCAGUGUGCUCUCCCUCAACCCCAACGCCCUGCUCUCUGUUGUGGGCAUCACCAAGCUCCCCGACAUUGGCAACAUCACGGUUGGCAUCGACGGCAGCUUCCUCUACAACGGGCCCAACCUGAACGGCUCCGUCAGUGUGUGCAUCCAGGUCACCGACCUGCUGUCCACCGCCCCCAUCUGCAUCGACCUGAUCCGCAACCUGCAAAUCCCCGCCGUCGGGGGCAUCCUGCCCCUGGUGUUCAGCAACAAGACCGUCAUCGACCUCAAGGGCGGCACCAACUUCACCGGCAACCUGCUCAGCGGCGUGAUCUCGCCCAACCUCAACCUGGGUGGCAUCCUCAGCGUUGCGGGCCUCGGCCUCCUGCCCGAUGUUGGCACCAUCAACAUUAACAAGGAUGGCACGUUCACCUUCAACGGCAUCCUGAACGGCACCACCAUGUUCUGUGCGGUCGUCACCGAUACGCUCUCGACCCUGCCGCUCUGCCAGACGAUCUCCAACCUGCUGCCAGCUCUGCCUGAAAUCCCCCUGCCCGUCUGCCUCCCCGGCUGCCUCAACGGCGGUGUGUGCAACGGCCUGCUCAGCUGCGAUUGCACUGGCACUGGUUUCACGGACAAGAUCUGCUCCACCCCUGUUGUGUGCACCCCCGGGCUGUGCAAGAACGGCGGUGUGUGCACGUCGAACAACACCUGCAACUGCGACCGCACUGGUUUCACUGGCCCGACCUGCACGGGGCCCCCGCCGGCCCCGGCGGGCACCACCCCCGAUGUCACGUUCAUCUGCCCUUUGGGCUUUGCCGGCAACACGACCUUCACCUCUCUGGUCACCAACGGCACCCUGGCCAAGAACCUCCUGAUCCAGCUGUCCGUGACGGACCCCGCACCCCCGGCCCCCACCGCCGGCGACGACACCUUCAACUGCCCCUUCAACGCCGACUGCGUGAUCGCCGCGCCCGGCGUGCUCGCCAACGACGCGACCACCAACCCUGGCGGCAAGGUUGUCGUGGUCAGCAACACCGGCAACGUCACUGUGACCCCCGCGGGUGCCAUUACCCUGAAGCUCGUCCCGGGCUUUGCCGGCAACGUGGUUUUCAACUACACCAUCAACGACGGCGUCUCCAUCAAGCCCGUCACUGCCAAGGCCACCCUGGUUGUCCCCAGCUCCGGCGGCGGCGGCGGCGGCAGCGGCGGCGGCGACGGCGGCGGCGGCGCCGGCGGCGCCGGCGGCGUCACCGCUGUUGCCAACUCGUUCCUGCUGCUGGUUCCUGCUGACGGCACUGCCAACAACGCCAGGUGCCCCGACCCGACCCCCGGCCUGGCCGAGAUCGUCAACGCCGCAGUGGCCAAGAUCAAGACUGUUCCUGGCCUGACCAGUGUGACUGGCGCGUUCUCCAAGUGCGACCUCCUGGACCAAGGCAAGGUGCUGGUGACCAUCAUCUACACCAUCACCGCCCCCACCGCCGCCCCCAUCAACACCGCCCUCGCCGGCAUCAACUCGCCCCCUGUCGUCGGCACCGCGGCGGCUGGUGACAACAUCUGCACCUCCUCCCUGCUGGGCUCGCUGUGCAACGGCACCGUCUUCACCGGCCUCAGGGUCACCGACGGCUGCGCCACGACUGCCCAGCAGACCACCAAGCUGCCCAAGUUCAAUGUCACCCAUAUCCCGGCCAACUACCCCUUCAGCGUUGGGUUCGCUGCCAAGGUGUGCGUGCCCAAGCCGAGCAGGAGCAACCCCCUCAGGUGCACCAACAAGUUCCUCACUGCCGGUGCUGCCACCGCCACUUGCAACAACGGCACCUUGGGUCUGGAGUUCGAGUCGGUGCAGCGGUUUGUCAUCGGUCGCCAGCACACCAUCGUCGCCACCUGCAGCAAGAGCAGGUUCACGGACAUCUCGUCGUGCGCCACCGCCAGCGACUCGACCGUCAGCCCCACGCUGUCCGGUGGUGUCACGAUCACCAACAAGGACUUCGAUGCCGGCUGCGUGUGCAAGUCGACCGGCCGCAAGCCGGUGCUGAACCUCAUCACCACCGACGUCCUCGUGGGCCAGCAGUGCCUUGCAUAA